AGUAGUUGGGGCUCUGGGUGCUGAGUUGCAGACGUCUGCUGAAAAAUGGCUGAAUACUUGGCUUCCAUCUUUGGCACCGAGAAAGACAAAGUCAACUGUUCAUUUUAUUUCAAAACUGGAGCAUGUCGUCAUGGAGAUAAAUGUUCUCGGUUGCACAAUAAACCAACCUUUAGCCAGACCAUUGCUCUCUUGAACAUUUACCAUAACCCUCAAAACUCUGCCCAGUCUGCUGAUGGUUUACGCUGUGCUAUGAGUGACAUGGAGAUGCAGGAGCACUAUGAUGAGUUCUUUGAGGAAGUCUUCACUGAGAUGGAAGAAAAGUAUGGACAGGUUGAAGAGAUGAACACCUGUGACAACCUAGGAGACCACCUGGUGGGAAAUGUAUAUGUCAAGUUUCGUCGUGAGGAGGAUGCAGAGAAAGCUGUGAAGGACUUGAAUAACCGCUGGUUUAAUGGGCAGCCAAUCCAUUCAGAGCUGUCCCCAGUGACUGACUUCAGGGAAGCCUGCUGCCACCAGUAUGAGAUGGGAGAAUGCACAAGAAUGGGCUUCUGCAACUUCAUGCAUCUGAAGCCAAUCUCAAGAGAGCUCAAACAGAAGCUGUCUCGGCGCCAGUGCAAGAAGCAUAGAUCCAGGUCCCGAUCCCGGGAAAGGCAUUCUCCAUCCAGAGACAUUAGGCAUGGUGGCAGCAGGGGAGGUAGAGGACGAGAGCAUGACAGGAGGCAGUCCAGAUACCUCAAGAGAGAUAGGAGAUUCUGAGCCCAGCUGUUUAUACCUUGUGUCUGCUAGACAGUGUUAUAGUUGAUUGACAAGCCAGUUCAUAUUGGAAUUUAACAAACAACAACAACAACAACCAAAAAUGAUGAGUUUCUGACUAAAAUUUGUAGUGAAAAAAUAAGAAAAAACACCUUAUCAAAUACAGGGUUCAGGGUCUUCCUGUGAACUUUAGUCUGGUGUUUUGUUCUGGUGGAAGCUCUACCUCAGCCCCUGGCAUCCACAUACCCAAAGAGCCUGGGAUGAUUAGGUGGAACCCCCACCUGUCUCUCCCCAGACCCUGCCCCUUUCAAAAAGCCCACCAAGCUUCAGCCCAUCCCUCCAGAAAGCCUGUGAAGGUUCAGCUUCCCCCCUCUGGGUACUACUCAAUACCUGGUAGCCUUAUUUGCCAUGUGAGUCCUCUCUUGCCAUCCCAAGGGUCACCUAGGAGUUUCUUGCUCUGUUUAUUAUACCUGGAUUUAUUAAUUUAGUUUGAUUGACUUAUUACAUCAGCAGCAGCAGAAAAACCAAUGAACAGGGAUUCAAAACUUAUCACUUUUGUUGUCCUGUUAGGAAGCAAGUUGAUCUUAAUAUAAUGCUCUGAAUUUCCAGAGAAGUCCUUGGCUGGCAAAUUCACAUCUCUGUAUCUUCAGGAUGAACUGUUUCAAGUGCAGUCAUAGUUUAAAAUGAAGUUCAGUUUCCCACAGGCUUUGCUGUUACUCUUGUCAUUUCUGUCCAGUGACCUCUGUUCAUAUAAUCUGAUUUAAUUCUACCAAUCCCAUCACCUGCUCCUGCUUCUGAGGCUGUUGGAUAUUAAAUUCCAGGUUCGACAGGUUGAGUUGUCUUCGGAUUGAGAUUUGCCUUAAAUGAAAAGUAAGACAGCAGAAUUAUAACCUCAUUAGCUAUCUGUCUUUCAGAAACUUGUGCCUAGAAUGUCAGUGUGCUGUUAUAUUUUGAGAAGUGCUUAUGUCUGUGGGUACUUUCUUUUCCCUUUUAGCCUAAAAUCAAAAUGUUCAUCAUAUGAGUAAUGUGAGCAAAGCUGCUCCCUACAGCUUUAGGCUAAAAAGAGAGGCUUGGUAUCAGGAAAUGAACUUGCAACCAUGUGACCCAAGAGCUUUAAAGGUUUUCAUGUACUUUCUAAAUGGUCUAAUGAUCAUUAGAGCCUAUCUGGCUGGGAGAAUGUGAUGAUUUUCACAAACAAGCUCCUUUAAGAAGAAAAAUAUUCACUUUUAGAUUAUAUCCCCAAACUGAAAUAAUUGGCUUUGUGUGUGUCAGGAAGAAUGCCUCUUUCUCAAGCUAGGUGUGGUGGUGGCUGAUGCCUGUAUUUCUAGCAUUUGGGAGGCAGAGAUGGAACAUUUACCACUGAGUUAAAGUCAGCGUAGGCUAGAAAGUGAGACCCAUCCUCAGAAACGAAACCAAACCAAAGAUAGCUUUCUCUAUAUACAUGAAAUUUUCUACUAGUGUCUUAUAGCUUUGUAAAGACAGAAAUUCUUAAUGGUUUAGAUAAAAUUAUUUCAUUGUGAGAAUAUAGGUUUUACUAUUAUAAAGACUUACAGGACUCAGUCAUGUAUGCUUGCAAGGGAUUUUGUUGGCUGUGACUCAUGCCUCUGUCAGGACAGAGAGUAUUCUGUCCUUUCCACAUAGGUUAUCAAAAAGUGUGUGUGUGUGUGUGUGUACAUGUGUUUAAAGGUGUCCACCAAUAUGAGCAGAAGAGGAUGUCACACCAUCUGAUCUGAACUAGAAUUACAGGUGUUGUCAUCUAUGCAAUAUGGUUGCUGGACCCAAA